UUUAAAUUUCAAUUUAAUAUGAAUCCAAGGCAUGACAAAAUUCAUAGGAUGAAAUCCUUUGAAUAUAAGUUCGACUUUACAGAGGAAGAAAAUGUUGAGCCUUUUAAGAGAAGGUCAGCACAGAACACUUGUCCAAAAUGUGAGUACUUAAGCGAAGAAAACAGCGUUCUUAAAUAAGCAAUAUGAGGACAUGGUCAUUAAGAAUAUUCAGCUUGAGAAAGACUAUGAGAAUAUCAAAUAUGAGAGAGAUGAGCUAAACAGACUCAUUGCUAAAGCAGGCUGGACCAAGAAUAAAAUUCAGAAAUUCUUAAAGAACAGAGAUGUGAUGAAAGCGUAUGACCCUAACCAAAGUCCGAAAUUAGAAAUUGAUAACUCUUUUUCUGACGAGGAUGAUCAAAUCCCAGAUGAAAGCUCCUUUGAUAACAAGGAUACUGAGGAAGCUGUGCCAACUUUCAGGAAUAACGAUAAAAUUGAGAUUGUUAAUCCUCAGAAUUAUCGCAAAGAUGCUCCUGUUGAAGCUGUUAAUACACCAAAGAUCAAUCAUUUGCCAAGACAUUUCACGAAUCAGUCCAAAAAUGCUUUCAAUAAUGAGAAUAAAGAGCCCUUUCUUGACCUUGACGAAGAAAUUUUGACGGAAGAAGACUACAUUGAGAUUGAAGAUGACUCUGAAAGACAUAGUCCCAGAGAAAAUAGCUUGGCCACUUCUCCAUGGAGAACUCAUCAUUAUAAAAAAGGAGACGAAGAAGUGAAGUAUAUCAAAGAAGGCGAAUCCUCCAGUUCAACUUCUGAAAAUGAAGACACUGGUUCAGACUAUUCUGACAGUUCUUACGCAAGAGAAGAGGCCUUUGAUAAGACAAUUGUUACUAGACAAAUGCAAGAAGAGUUUAAAGGAUACCUUUAUGAAGACUCCUUACUAGACUCUCGACCAAUCUUUGAACCCUCUCCUCAUAGAAGGAAGCUGAGAAGAGAAUCUAAUGAGAAUGAAAACAAUGCUAAGAAAGAAAGACUGGCUGAUACUCCUGAUAUACUGUCUAAAGGGAAGAAAAAGAUUAGGCCACCUACUUUGAACAAGAAGCGGUCUGCUACUAUGAGAAUUACCUAUAAUCCAACGGAAGAUAAGCAAUAUAUGGAUGAUAUUUUGAAAAGUGUAAAUAAUAAGAACCAUCUCUUGCUAAAUCCUCAGUAUGGAUCAAUCUUCAAUGGUGAGUCAAUCAAGAUUGGAAGGAGCAUCUACCUGUCCUCAACAGGGAAGAAAUCUAUCCUCCAGCCAUACCCGAAAUGUCAAGUUCCUUUAAGAGAAGUGAGUUAUAUCCCAGAUGAUGAAUCACUUGAAAUCUUGUCAGGAUAUUCUCCGUUUGAAGAUAAGACUGAUGAGUUCAGGAUGAAAAGAGCAGAUAGCAAAGAAAUCUUCUCUCCAGUUAAUAAGGAGGACUUUGGAGAAAUUGGAUCUUCAUUCUUUGGCAAUGAAGAUGUCUCUGAGCAUAUUAGUCAGAUAAAUUUGCUCCCUCUAGCACCUGAGUUUAAAAACCUUAAAAAUCCUAAAUUCAUGGAAGAGUUUUAUAUAAUUGGAGUUGAUGACAUGACAUUGAUGUCUCUAAAUUCUAGUCAUGAAAUUGUUAGACCUAGCUUACUGUACAAUUAUCCAAACUCAGAAGAACAUGCAGAGAGACAUAGAGUUAUCAAGGACUUCUGUUUCCCAAUAGGAAUUGGGGUUGAGAAGAUUGACCUCUCUAAACCUGACCUCGAAAUUAAAAUUUCUGAUGCUCUCUAUAACAGAAAAAUUUACCUCUAUGAUACAUUUAUUUUUACUCUUAACGGAAAUGAUUAUAACAAGGGAAUUAUUUAUGAAGAUGAGCAUCUUUAUUGUCUCACAAUUGUGGUCAAAGAGUUGGUCUCUCCAAAUGUCAAAGAGAUUGACCUUACCGGUCAAAUGGAAGAACAGCUGUUUCUUUCCAAAAAGGCUUAUUGUAUAAUGUUUAGAAACACUCAUUUUGAAUUACAGUAUAAACUACUGUCAGCACUAUCAAAGAUCCAAAAGCAUGAGCAAGCAAAUACAAAAAUUUUGGAAUCGAAUCAGAGGUUGUCUGGGUUAAAUAUAUUGCCAGAAUAUAAGGAUUUAGUUAAUGAUAUUGAGUCAAUGAUCAGCAUGCCUAUUAUAUCAGAUUUAUGUAUGAAAACUCUCAAAGAGUUUUAUGAACUGAAUCCAAAGGAUUUCAAGCCCAAAAAUUCUUUAACUCUCCCAAUUCCUUACAAAGUUUGUAAAUUCCAGUACAAGAUUCCUGAAAGUGUGGAAUAUUUAGACAUAAAUUGGUAUGGCCCUUUCUUUAUCAGCUGGAUAAAAUUUGAGGAUUUUUAUUACCUCUUCAAAGCAAUCUUGCUGGAGAAAUCCAUAGUAUUUGUAUCUAAAAACCAUGGAUUGAUCACGAGUAUGGUGAAUGCAUUCAGAGUGUUGAUGAAGCCAUUUAAAUGGUGCCAUUUAUUCAUCUCUCUUCUCCCAAAACUCUUAAAAGACUACCUAUGUGCGCCACAGCCAAUACUUCUUGCUCUCUCAGACAAGCAAGAAUUUUUCGAGUCCCUUCCAUUAGAUGCCUUUGACGACAAAGUCAUUGUUGAAAGUAAUGAGAACAGCAGAAUUCAUGUUGAAAAAGUUAUAAAGUUACCUGAUUUCAAAUGUAGUGGACUCAGUGAGAAACUGGAAAAGAUGUUCAAGGGCCUCAAAAAGGAAAACACUAAUUCGAUCAGAAACUCAGUAUAUGACACUUCUUCACCAGAGAAAGCCUUCUCUGAGAAUCUAGCAAAGACUAUCAAGGCUGCUCUGGAGAAGGAAAUAACUUCAGUGAUGAAGAAGUAUAAAAUCAAGCAGAAGAAGAGUCACUUGCAGCCAGAAUUCAGUGAGUGCAAAAUGUUCUUGAUCAAGAAUAGUCAGGAUAGACCAUUUAUGCAGGAAUUCGUUGAUACACAGAUGUUCGCCUUCUACUACGACAUGACUGUUAAUAAGUAGAGAAAUUAUUCAAUA